GGCCGCAAUUAUUUUUUAACCCCCCAGGAGAACUACUUAAAUAACCUACAUACUGUAGUAGCAGAAGAUUGUUGUUUACUUUUACUGAAAAAACACACAUGCAAACACAUAAUACUGCUACCUAUACAUAAAUACAUAUAACGCAUACGCCUAAACACACGCUACACAUUUGUAUUUACGCUCAUUAGAUAAAAUACAAGUAUAACAAAAACAACAACAGCAAACACAACAAAAACAACAAUUUAACGUUUAGCGCCUCAAGUGGCAGACACAACUAAAUGGCCAAGACGAAACAACAACAACAAUUACUGGUGAUUUAUUUAACAAUAUGUUUGGUCAUUGUAUCACUGCUAAUGAAAGUGGAUAGUGUGAGGGCAUUAAGUCUUCCACUAGACGGAAGCGGAAAUAUGUUCCAACAACAACAUCAGCAGCAGCAACAAUCACAGGAACAACAGCAAAUCGAUAACAAUAUACAGGAGCAUAAUUAUGUUUUGGAUCAAGCGAAACAAAGACCUACAACAAUGGUACCCAAUAAUGGCAACAUACUGGAGAGUGAUGACGAUGACAUUUUGAAGGAGAAUAGUUUAAGUGAUGAUUUAAAUAGAAAUCAAAUGAUGUUGGGUCAUUCUUAUGAGCCACUAAAUAUGGUCAAACGUGCACCUGGAGGUUUUGUGGGUAUGCGUGGCAAAAAACUCUACUACGAUGAUGAGGAAAUCAACAAUAUAAACGAUAAUGAUAAUAAACUACCCUGGAACCAAUUGCAAAAUUCCGAAGAAGACAUUAGCUGGGACGAAUACGCUAAGCCAAAUGUUAGACGUUACAAAAAAGCACCCACAGCUUUUUAUGGAGUACGUGGUAAAAAGUUUGCCACCAUGAAUGGCGCCAAUCCCGCUAAUGACAAUCAUCGUUGGCAAGAAUUCUUACAAAAACUUGAAGAGGAACGAGUGCGAGAUGCAAUAUUACAGAAUUUCGUUGAGACUUUGACAGGCACACAAAAUGAUCUACCCAACGAAAUGUCAAAGAGAGCACCUACCGGUUUUACGGGAGUACGAGGCAAGCGACCAGUCAUGGAUGAUUUAGAUACUUCAAUGGAAACUUUAACGAAACGUGGUUUGGGCAAUAAUGCCUUUGUCGGUGUAAGGGGUAAAAAAGAUGUCUCACAUCAGACUUUUAAGAGAUCACCUUCGGGAGCAGAGCGCUAUUUCUUUGUUUUUUGGAAAAAGUCUUUACCAGGCGGUAGUGGAAAACGUCAACGUUUCGUCGAUUUUAAUAAUAAAUUUGUAGCUGUCCGUGGAAAGAAGAGUUCCUACGAUGGUAUGAGUGCGUUUAAUGCCAUCAACAAUAACAGGUCACCAUCGUCAUCGGCAGCUAUGAGUCUAUUUUAUGGUAAACGUGCACCCAACGGGUUUCUUGGUGUAAGAGGAAAAACGUCCGUUUACAACUGAUGACAUUUUAUCUGUAAACUAAACCGGGAAACCCAUAAAGAACUAAUAUUUUGCAGACAUUUUUUGUGUAUUUAUGGAUGUUUGGCCUCAAUAGCAGAACAAGCAGCAGACAAAAUAAAAUAUUUAUUAAUAUGAAAGAAGUAUAAUAAAAUCAAUUAUAUUUUAAUUAUAGUACAAUUACAUAUUGUAAAACAUAUUAAUUUUAUUUAUAAAAUAUACACUACACACUUAAAGCAUUCUAAAUAAUGAAAUGGGCUGGUAUUAUUUAGAGUGUUAGUAUUAUUGUUUAUAAAAUUUUGAUUUCUUUUUUAAUUAAAAUUUUUGUUUCAAAACUAAAUAAUUGUGAGAACAAAAUACACUAGAAGUUUCCUAUAUAAUGCAUAAAAUGCAACAAAAAUUAAUUACUUUCUAACAAAAAAAAAAUUAAAUAAAGAAAUUAAAAAUAUGUCUAAUUUUAAAUAAAAUAUUUUAAAAACAACUA